AUGUUUCCCCUUCGGCGUCCUGGUCGCCAUCGCUUCGUAUGCCUUAUCCUCUUGUGGUCGAACUCAGCUGCAGUCUUGGCCACAUCUCCAGAAAAUCCGAACAGCUUCCGAUUGGAGAUCCCGAUCGAGAGUCAGUAUACGACUGAUGACUUGUUCGCCGCCUUGUCGCCGAAUUGUGUUGCAGGCAGCGCGACUCUCGACAAAUUCACGAGGGAAGAACAACGAGUAGGAAAUAAACGUCCCACACAGGGAUUUCCUAUUCCAGAAUCCCAGUUCAUUCCAACUUCGAGCCAAGCAAGGGUCUUGGCACCGGAUUUAAACGGGGCCUUGCGCGGGACUCCACGACGUCGGAUCGACAAGCAGGUCGACACCGAAAAAAACAGUAAACGUGCUGAGGCCAGGACGCAAGAAUUAGUCAAAGUGGCAGAGCUCCUUCAAAAGCACCCAUUAAGUUUCAAUGCAAGACUGGCCACGAUAGAUGAAACUUUCGGUAACCUCGAUUAUUGGGCGGUCACUCGUUUAGACAGGCUCACUCACCCCAGUUUGCCAUACGGCUGGUAUAUGCGUGACACUCGGAUUGGAAUGCUAAAAGUCUUAAAACGCAACCUCCAUCCACAGUCAAAUGAAGUGCUAAGUGUGCAUUACAGGAACUUGAUCCUCUUUAUGCACAAGCUUUAUGAAGAAGCGUUGGAGAAUUUGGGAAUUCCUAUAACUGCCCAAGUAGAGCACCAAGUGAAAAUGCUAAAAUGGCUCGAUGGAGAAAUCUUUGAUACUACUAGAGGUUAUCCAAUUUUAGGAAUCAUCACAGCGCCAUUCCCUCUUUGGAAGGAAGAUCUUGCCGAAAAAUCAAUCCGUCCAUCUCAAAUAAACCUGCUGAAAUUCUUCUCCCAAGCUGGAAAUGCCCUUGGCCUCCUACCCGACACAGCUUCCAAGCUAAUCACAGAAUUCCGACGCGAAAGUGAGUAA